AUGAGAGAGGCUAUGGUUCAGCUGGACAGGCUGCAGAAUUCACUGCGAUUGGCCGAAGCUGUGGAACAGUCAAUGCCCCUGACAGCAUAUUGGGCCACACCUGCAGAGACGAGGCCGUCUGUUGUCGGUCGGGUGUUGCCAGAAUUCCUUCUGGGUGCAGACCAGGAUCUCGCAAGUCUUCAGCCGUGA